CAAAAGACCAAAUACCCAAACUGUUAUAAUAAUAACUACAAUUUUCAAGAUAUGGCUUCAGUUAUGCCACUCAAUAUCUCCAUGGAGGGUCGGUGCAAUUUGAUGUGGGCGAUGGCAGUAGCAUGCGGUACACAGACACUUAUCUGGUUGGCUCUCACACUGCUGGCGCUAUAUGCAAUCGAUUAUGCUGCCACCUACCUGCACGAAGACGAUUGGCCUCAUGUGUGGAGGCUGAUCUCCAGCCAAGCAUCGCUUUGCCUGGGUCUCGCCGUGUUAUACUUGCCUGGAUGCGUACUGGCAGUGGAGUGUACUUCUGCAACAUGCUGUCCACAGUUUGGCAGGGUGCUGAGUAUCUGGCUACUCGCCACGACGGUGGCCAUGUUUUGCGCGCAGGUCACGUUUUGGAUCAUGAGCGGGAGCGAGGACAACUUACGCGCGCAGUUCCACCGCUCAAUGCUCCGUGGGCUAGCACUGUACACGACCGACCUUUCCUGGAAGGCCAACCUCGACUUGGCUCAAUAUAGCCUUGCUUGCUGCGGGGUGGACGGCCUUCAUGACUGGAAUGGCAGUGAUUGGCUGCAUGAGGGAACCUUCAAUGUCAACAAGAGCAUUGAAAUGGAGAGCUACCAAAUACCGGGAAUAGUCCCAUGGAGUUGUUGCAAACAAGAAUAUGGCAGUGCUUGUUUACAUGACAUUUUACAACUGAGUGAUUGGGCUCAUCUUUGGAAAGAUAAACCUGAACAGGUUGAGGAGUCUCUGCAUAGUGCGGGCUGUGUGGAUAUUAUAAUACAUCCCAUUGCAGUUGCUUUGUUUCUGCCAUGGUGGUGGUGCUUGGCACCUCUAAGUCUCUGCCUGCAUAUCAGCAUGACUGUAAUGGCACAGUACCUCUACACUUCUACUGCAAACAGCGUGCUGCUGGGGGACCCUAUCUCCACUGCACCCGGCUGGCUCUUGCACCAUAGAAAGGGGGCUGUCUCUAAGCAGUAACUCCCUGCUUUAACUGCAUUUCUCUGAUGAGGAAUUCACCCAGUGUACUGAAUUCCUGAUGUUUGGUUCGCCAAUUUUUAUUUAUUUGUGACCAUGUUACACUUUAUCCUACGUGUGAAUCAAAAUUAUAAUUUUUUUUAAAAUAUAUUCAAAAUCAGUAUCUGUGAAAAGUUUAAUGUUUCUUAUGUGUAAUAUAUUUUGACUACCCAGAUGAAA